CCAUAGAAGAUAGAGCCAUACACACCAAUUUACAAAGAUAUAUACACCCCUAAAAACAAAAUAAGCAAAAAAACAAACCAUAUAAUUAAAAAAAUAACUAAAGGCAAACCCCUGUGCUUUGGGGACUGCAAGUGCAAGCUCCCUCUCAACUCUCAAAGUCUGUACAGUGUAAAAAAAAUCCCUCCACUCUGCUUAUAUUACCCUCUUCUCCAAAAUACAUGCCCCUCCUCCUCCUCCUCACCCGAACCCUCACCCUCAGCAUCACCUCCACCAGAACCACCGUUUCCUCCCUCCUCCUCCUCCUUUAAAACUUUGUUUCUACAGUUCUCUUGAACUGAGGAAUUUUGGUACAUACCAGAAGAAACUAAGAUGAUCACUGCUAAAGACUUCUACAAUGUCAUGACUGCCAUGGUGCCGCUUUACGUGGCCAUGAUCUUAGCUUAUGGCUCGGUGAAGUGGUGGAAGAUCUUUACUCCCGACCAGUGUUCCGGUAUCAACCGAUUUGUUGCUCUGUUUGCUGUCCCUCUGCUUUCCUUCCAUUUCAUCUCCACUAACAAUCCUUACGCCAUGAACCUCCGCUUCAUUGCGGCGGAUACUCUCCAGAAGGUCAUAGUCCUUGCCGUCCUAGCCGUCUGGACGAACGUCUCCAAAAGAGGCUGCUUGGAAUGGACCAUUACUCUGUUCUCCCUCUCCACUCUGCCCAACACUCUGGUCAUGGGCAUUCCCCUGCUCAAGGGGAUGUACGGGGAGUUCUCCGGUAGCUUAAUGGUGCAAAUUGUUGUGCUCCAAUGCAUUAUUUGGUACACUUUGAUGCUGUUCAUGUUUGAAUACAGAGGCGCCAGAAUGCUGAUUUCAGAGCAGUUUCCUGAUACUGCUGGCUCCAUUGUUUCCAUCCAUGUCGAUUCCGACGUCAUGUCGCUCGACGGACGACAGCCGCUGGAGACCGAAGCAGAGAUCAAAGAAGACGGGAAGCUCCAUGUUACUGUAAGAAAAUCCAAUGCCUCAAGAUCGGAUAUUUUCUCCAGAAGGUCUCAGGGACUAUCCUCCACCACUCCUCGCCCUUCGAAUUUAACCAAUGCAGAGAUAUACUCUCUGCAAUCUUCAAGGAAUCCAACUCCAAGAGGGUCCAGUUUCAACCACACGGAUUUCUACUCCAUGAUGGCCGGCGGGCGGAACUCAAAUUUUGGGGCUUCCGAUGUUUAUGGGUUAUCGGCGUCACGAGGGCCGACGCCUAGGUCGUCCAAUUUUGAGGAGGACGGUUCGGGGAAGCCGAGGUUCCAUUAUAACGGGACCGGUGGUGCGGCUGCAGCAGCACAUUAUCCGGCUCCGAACCCAGGUAUGUUCUCGCCAACAACUGGGUCUAAAGCCGGUGGAAAUGCUAAUGCUAAGAGGCCUAAUGGUCAACACAAGGGUGAACACAAGGGUGAAGAAGGCGGCCGGGAUCUUCAUAUGUUUGUAUGGAGUUCUAGUGCUUCCCCUGUAUCUGAUGUCUUUGGCAGCCAUGAAUAUGGAGCUACUGAUCAUCAGAAAGAAGUCAGAUUGGCUGUCUCUCCAGGAAAAGUGGAAGGAACCACAGGGAAUAAAGAAGAGUAUUUGGAGAGGGAUGAGUUUAGCUUUGGGAACAGGGGAAUGGAGAGGCAAAUGAACAAUGAAGGUGAAAAAAUGGGAGAUGGGAAUCCCAAAGCCAUGCCUCCAACAAGUGUCAUGACAAGGCUGAUACUCAUCAUGGUUUGGAGAAAGUUAAUCAGAAACCCCAACACUUAUUCAAGCUUGAUAGGACUCACUUGGUCCCUAGUCUCAUUCAAGUGGCAUGUACAAAUGCCUGCUAUCGUAGCCAAGUCCAUUUCCAUUCUGUCAGAUGCAGGCCUUGGCAUGGCCAUGUUCAGUCUAGGUCUGUUCAUGGCAUUGCAACCGAGGAUCAUAGCAUGUGGGAAUUCCAUAGCAACUUUUGCCAUGGGUGUGAGAUUCCUUGCAGGACCAGCUGUCAUGGCAGCUGCUUCUAUUGCUGUUGGGCUGAAAGGGGUUCUCCUACACGUUGCCAUUGUACAGGCAGCUCUCCCACAAGGAAUUGUCCCCUUUGUUUUUGCUAAGGAAUACAACGUGCACCCUGACAUUCUCAGCACAGCUGUUAUAUUUGGGAUGCUUAUUGCAUUGCCAAUAACGCUUGUGUACUACAUCUUGUUGGGGCUAUGAAGUGGCUAAAAUCUUCGAACGUAUGGGCAUCUCCAUCAAAGGAUUGUGGCACGCAUCAAAUGCAAGCCGUUUUAAAUUCUCCAGUUGAUUAGAACUGAAAGAACAGAGACACAGAGGAUAUGGAUCCCAAAGGAUCGAUGAUGGUGAUGAUGAUGAUGAAUCCUCCUUAUGAAAUGUCUUCCUUUCCUAGUUUAACUAUUGUAAAAUCUUGGUUGUAGUCAUUAUAACAAAGUGAUUUCCCUAGUUAAGUUUUGAAUUGUGCUAGCUAGAGUUCCACACCACUGGAAGGAAGAAAAAGGUUAUGCAUAUGCAUUGCUCGUAAAAUUAAUUAUUACGCUAUUUUAAUGUUCCAUUUCAUGAAGAUCAAAUUCCAAGAUCUAUCUCUUUUGACCUGAAGUCGUGUUUAUU